CGACGCUCACACGAGAUGGCGGAAAAAAAAGCGCGUUCCGGGCCAGGUUACAGAAACCCGAAGGUGGCGAUGCUCGAAGGACCGCGUGAGAAACUUUUGUACGUCAUUGGCAUACACACAAAUCCUGAAAAAGCCGAUGUCCUCUGUACGGUGGAUGUGGAUCCCGAUAGUCCAACGUAUUGUCAGAUAAUACACAAAUUAAGAAUGCUAACGGCCGGCGAUGAGUUACACCACUCUGGCUGGAAUAUUUGUAGCAGCUGUCACGGAUUGCCCGAUCGUAAACGCAAUACGCUGGUGUUGCCAUGUCUUAUGUCGGACCGAGUGUAUCUGGUUGAUACGAGCAAUGAAAAAAUGCCCAGAAUUAAAAAGGUUCUGGAACCGGAAGAGAUGCACAAACACGGGAUAUCCACACCACAUACUUCCCAUUGUCUGCCAAACGGAGAGAUAAUCAUCUCCACUAUGGGAAAUCUUAAUGGUGACGGAUUGGGUGAAUUUUUCUGCAUCGACGCAGAAACCUUACAAACGAAAGGCACAUGGACCAAGAGUCAGGAUAAAGCAGCUUUCGGAUAUGAUUUUUGGUACCAACCGUAUCACGAUACGCUCAUCGCUACAGAAUGGGGUGCACCUAGAAUUUUUAAGAAGGGAUACAUCCCGAAGGAUAUUCAUGACCCCAAGAUCUAUGGCAGAAGCUUGAACGUUUACUCGUGGAAUGAACGGAAGCUAAAACAGACAAUUAAUUUGGGAGAUGACGGAAUUGCACCUCUUGAAAUAAGAUUCCUUCAUGAUCCGUUGGCAGCCGAAGGAUUCGUCGGCUGCGCGGUAACGUCGAAUAUUUAUCGAUUUUAUAAAGCGGAGGAUAAUUUGUGGAAGGUCGAAAAAGUGAUCCAGGUACUACCGAAAAAUGUCGAGGGAUGGAUCAUGCCUCUGAUGUCAGGUAUUACGAAUCGCUUCUUUUCUCUGGACGACAAGUAUCUGUAUCUGUCUAAUUGGUUGCAUGGCGACGUUAGACAAUAUGACAUUUCUGAUACUAGAAAUCCGAAAUUAACGGGUCAAGUCUUCUUAGGAGGCUCAAUACUGAGCGAUUCGCAGGUACGUGUGAUGCAAGACGAAGAAAUGAGCAGUCAACCCGACCCCGUCUACGUGAAGGAACGUAGAUUGUAUGGGGCCCCGCAAAUGUUGCAACUAAGUUUGGACGGACGUCGUUUAUACGUAACUACGUCGAUCUUUAAACCAUGGGACAAACAGUUUUAUCCCGAGCUCCUCAAAUAUGGCUCAACGAUGGUAAAACUUGAUAUCGACAUAAAGAAGGGCGGAAUGAAGCUCGACCGUCAAUUUCUCGUUGAUUUCGGCGCUGAUAAAAGCGAUAUUUUACUGGCACACGAGAUGAGAUAUCCUGGUGGAGAUUGCACCUCCGAUAUAUGGCUGGCAGAGAAACCCUAACUUUAAUGAUUGGACUGGACGUAGAGUCGAAGGCAUUCCAACAUCUGUGAAAGUAAUAAUAAUGCAGUAGCUUAUUUUAUAGUAUAUCAUAGUUUUGCACGAUUUUUCUCCGAUGAAAUCUCUCGAAUCUUUAUCAUCUAGAAAAUUAUUCAGAAAUGUUCUUUCGAUAAGGAUAAGAAAUAUGGGUGACAGAGGUAAAUUAAUAAAGAGUACUCACAAAAUAUUUUCGUUUGUUUCCAUGGUAUGGUGCUUAUUAAUUCCAGCAUAUUGCAUCAAGUAAUAUAGUAGAGAUUUUACAUUGUAUGAAAUUAAUUGUGUGUGUGUGUGUGCGCGCGCGCGCGCGCGUGCGUGCGUGUGCGUGUGUGUGUGUUACAUGGUUUAGGUAAUUAGUUCUUUUCUCCGAGUUUACACAAAUAAAAUCCGUCUAUGCCAAAAUUAUAAUUUGUUCAUUGUGUAAAAUUUGUCGAAAUGUUCUAUGUUAGAAAUAAUUCAAAGGUGUAUAGCUAUGUAUAAAAUUUCAUUGCUCUUCCACAUAAAGGAUCGCGUUGACCGAUUUUAUUUUUGUUUCCGUAACAAAAUUUCAUAUCAUCUAUAAUACAAUACCCAAUGACUAACAUAAAAUUAAAUUUGCACAAUUAUCUUAUAGAAUUCCAAAAUUCGUGAUAAAUGUUUGAGAAGAAACGAGUUCUCGUCAUUUUACUUCUGCAAUAUGUGAGAAAAUACUUAUUACGCGACAGUAUUACUUAAAUAUUAAAAAAUGAUUGAGCGAAAUAUGCGACGCCAGAGAAUAGCGACGACAUAUCGAGUGUCAAUGUUGGUUACGAAGCUGAUGAAUUUCUUCUUUCGCCCGGAUUGUCCGAUGUUAACGCUAUAGAAAACUCAAACCGAGAACUAAAAAAUCGAUGCGGCAAACUUUAAAAGCUACAAGUGUACUCACUACAGAAAUAAUUUUGUUAAUUUUGUCCCGUUAAUCGACAAUAAGUUGCGAGAUUAACCACGAAAUCAUUAAUGUUUUUAAAUACGCGCGCACGCGCGUCUAAAUGUGUAUGUACGCGCCGAGUUUAUUUAAUUGCAUAUAACCCAAUAAUAUCAGAUUUGUUUUAAUCUUUGUUAAA